UAUAUACGCAUAAAAUAAUUGUUUCUUUCAUAUCUAAUUACGAAAUAAAUACAGGUCUGCGUCGGUGUUUCAGCCUGCGAUUACGACUUUCACCUGAAAAUAAGAAUUAUGACAGCCAUAUUCCCCUGUCGUUUGUAUCCAGUCAAGCGUACAAAUGUGAUUUCGAUGUAAGUUUAACAAUAAUUAUAACGCGAUCUUUACCGCCGUUAAUUGGUACAUGGAAUGACAUUUGUUCUUUUCGCCGUAAUUAAAUAAGUUUGUGCUUCGUAAACAGAUGGUUUAUACCAAUAUGACUUUUCUUUUAAUAUUGAAUGGAAAAUAUAAUUUUGUGAAUUUUCUAGUAUUUUGGAUAUAUACAUGUGUAGAAUUUUCAAAUUCUCAAGAUGCAAUUGACAAUGGACUCAUCAUAUCACAACUUCCUAAUCUGUUUUCAUCCGGGUCACUAACUACAUUACCAGGCAGCAUAGAUGCAUUUAAAACAUCAUCCAUUUUCCCUGUAAGGAACUUUAAUUUUCACCAAACUACAGAAAUAGUAAGCAUAGCAACGGAUGCCAACGAUGGAAAAAUCUACCUCUUAGAUGGCAACACUCGAAGUCUGUACAAGAUGAACAACUUCAAUGUCUGGCUAAACGAUACCUCUCAAUCCAUUACAUUAUUACAUGAAGGCAUAUCCAAAACCUCCACUAAACUUGCCUACGAUUGGCUGACAAAGAACAUCUAUUGGACAGAUGAAUAUUACAACUGGAUCGCCGUCCAAUCUACAAAUGAUUCCGACCCCUCCAUGUUUAGGGUCUUGGUCGAAAGAGGUCUCUCUAAACCUCUGGCCAUCGCCGUGGACCCUUUGGUAGGGUAUUUGUUUUGGUCGGAACAUGACGAAACAGGAAAAAUUGAACGGGCAACUUUAGCAGGGGAAGAACGUGAAACCAUAGUAACGGGAGCGGUAUGGGUACCGGAUAUGGCGGUAGACACUGACAGUCAAACAAUAUAUUGGAUCGACAUUCAGAGGAACACGGUAGAAAAGUGCGACUAUGACGGCAAAAACCGGAAGGUUGUACGGAGGUCAAAGUUCACCAGCAUCACAAUGAGUGGCAUUACUGUAUACAAGGAAUUGGUCUGUGUGACCGAAUAUCAUUCCUACUUAGUCACGUGUUUGGAUAAAACAACCGGGGAUAAUAAAUGGAUGCGGUACUUCCGGUCCAGAACACCAUGGGCCAUCAGUGUAUAUGACAAAACAACACAGAAAAUCAUCGACCAUAGCUGUAAAAAUAUGAAAUGCCAACACUUUUGUGUUAACACCCCCAACGGAGGGAAAUGUAUGUGCAAGUCUGGGUACCAACUAGCAACUGACCAAAUCAUGUGUCAAGCUGACCAUCACCUUUUCUCCAAGGGGUUAUUCAUUGCAAACAAAACAGACAUCUGUAUGUUGGACGUGCGAGUGAUCACGAGUCUGUCACAUGAACCAAUCUGUCUGCCAAUCAGAACAGAGUCCGUCAGGCUCCUUGCCGCUUCCGCUGUGGAUUAUCGUCUUUAUUUCACUGACAGCGGGUUCUUGUACUUCUUUGACUUUGCCACAAAUCUAACAACAUCGCUAACACGUGUUGGAAAAAUUUCAGGUCUGGCAUUUGACUGGAUUGAGAACAAUAUAUACUGGAGUGACCCUAAGGGAAUCAGCAUGUAUUCCAUCGGAGCAGACAUUGCUACCAAAGUUAUUGAUGUAAUUGAGAAUCCGUCCUACCUCACCGUGUGCCCCUACCAUCAAAUGUUGUUCUGGAUCAGUUCGUCGACCGUUGGAGACAGAAUCAUGUCCUCUUCCUUUGACGGCAGUAAUAUGACUACUAUAUACACCAGUAAAGGCAACAGUGGACUAACGGGACUGUUCUAUAAUGUCGAUUCUAGUAGACUAUUUUGGAUUGACAAUGGAAAAUUAAAGAGUGUCAAAUAUGAUGGAUCAGACGAGCAGACAUAUUUCUCAAUCAAGUACGACAAAGAGCUGGUUGUCUAUAAAGAUUAUAUUUUGUCCACAACGACUGAAAAUGAGCUACAUUCGGCGUCCUUAGCUUCUCGCCAAAUAGAACUAACAGUUGAACUCGAUGGGUUCGGAAAACUCACAGGAAUGGCUUUAUAUGAUCCUGGACUCCAGAAAAAAGAAAAAGGACCUUGUGAAUUAAAUAACGGAGGAUGUGAACAUAUAUGUGUACCAAAGGGAACAUUUAGGAAGUGUAUGUGUGCUUUUGGCUAUCGACUGGAACUGAAUGGGGUGAACUGCUCAAGUGCUACCUUGAAGAAUAAUUUCAUACUCACUGUGGACUUCACUCACAAGAAGAUUUAUCAGAUUUCUACCCAGUCUGCCAUGGUGUCUGCUCUAGAUGUUCAGGAAGAUUACUCACCAGCCCGCGCCAUUGUUCAUCACGUGACUUCUGACGUCUACUGGUCAGAUUUUAGAAGUCGUCAGAUUAAAAAAAUGACACUGGAUGGCAAGAAUAUCACAACUAUUUUGAAUCUAGGUUCCUUCACUCCAUUUGGGAUUGCCCUGGAUUAUUCCACUGACCUUUUAUACUACGCCGCUGUUCUGGCUGGACUGACUAGUGCAUCUUUCAUUGGAAUUGUUGAUCCCUACACUGGACAUGACCGCCGAAUCAUCACCGACCUGGCUGCCGCUUACGAAGUUGUUCUUUAUCCUUCAGAGGGGUACCUUUUCUACACAGACACUGGCGAUGUGCCAUAUAUUGGACGUGCCUCUAUGGACGGUUCCUUCAAAAGGGCAAUCGUAGCUACUGGAAUCCGUCAGGUGAAUGGUUUAGCCAUUGACUACACAUCAAAACGUCUUUAUUGGACUGAUGGCGUCAAAGACAAAAUAGAAUAUUGUGAUUUUAAUGGUGAAAACAGGAAGGUACUAUUAACGGAUGAGCAAGCGCAUUUAGCUAACCUGGUUGUUUCUGGGAAUUAUAUAUACUACACUGCUAUAAAUAGACAGAGGGUGACAAAAGUUAACAAGAACUCGAGUUAUAAAGUUCACUGGAUGACCGACUCGUACGAGUACGGAAGACUCGAAUCCGUUGACAUACAUCCGGGAGACGUGCAACCAGUGAACGAGAAUUGCAUCAAAAGUAAUGGAAACUGUAGUUCUUUGUGCAUCCCAACUCCCACCGGCUAUGUAUGUGCGUGCGCAGACGGAAUUGAAAUGACGGAUAAAUACACAUGUGCGACCGGUUCCAGGAGGAAGCCGUUAUCUUACCUACGAAAAAUAAGCUCUCUUGAUCCUAAGAGUGUUUUAAAUCAACAAGGAUCAAUUAUUGACAGCCCCAAGGCUGUAAGAAGCGAGGGCGGUGCUGAUAAUACGCCAGUCAUUGCGGGGGCAGUCCUAGGGGGCGUGGUCCUUAUCGGUAUCAUGCUUGGAGUCGUUGCAUUCAUACAUGUCAAACGCAAGAAGAAUCUUUCAUACCAAGAACAGAUAGACACUCCUACUGUAAAAUUUGCCAAUGAUAGAGGAAUUGGUAAUGUCGGCUUUGUUGAAGAAAACUCGGGCGCAAGGAAUAAUUCCUGAAAAUAGUCCAAUCAUCAUCAACUGGUUGUAAUCGUUAUCUGCAAGCUACGUCACGAUUCUACAAGUGAAUAAUUGACGAAUGAGUGGUCAUAUUUAAGCUAUAGAGACUGAGAGCUUCUGUGUAUAGUUAUAAUUUAAUCAAUUUUUAUAUGGGACAUAAUAAGAGACAUUUCACUGCGUAGUGAUACUGAUCAAAGUAGUAACUCACGUGACUGUAAAUAGUGGGUAAUUCUCGAGUAAGAAGACAAUGUUAAAAAGCCACGUAUCUUUGUUGUCAACAUUAUUCGUAUUAACAUUUUUAUUAAUCUCUACAUGAAUAUACACAAUUAAUUUAAA